AUGGGCGUGGUUACUGAGUUCGACGACAGAGACCAACAUUUACUGGCUGAAAAAGAGGCGUACCAUCCCUAUGAAUAUCAGGAAGAGGGCAACGGCUCGUGGGCCGGAGCCCUGCCCGUGAAGCAGGGACUGUACGACCCUGAUCUCGAGAAAGAUGCGUGCGGUGUCGGUUUUGCCUGCCACAUCAAGGGCAAGGCAAGCCACAAGAUCGUCAGCGAUGCUCGCAACCUUCUUUGCAACAUGACCCAUCGAGGUGCGGUGGGAUCUGAUGCUCGAGACGGUGACGGAGCCGGUGUCAUGACUUCGAUUCCCUACAAGUUCUUCAUCAAGAACUUUGAGCGCGAUGUCGGCAUCAAGCUUCCGCCUGCCGGACAGUAUGCCGUUGGCAACCUGUUUUUCAACCCUGAACCUGAGAAGCUGCAGGAGCAGCAACGGCAAUUGGAAGACAUUGCCGAGUCCUUGGGCUUGCGUAUCUUGGGAUGGCGAGAGCCUCCUACUGAUUCCACUCUGCUCGGGCCUGCUGCUCUCAGUCGCCAGCCUGUGAUUCUGCAGCCUUUCGUAGUCCUUGCAUCUCACUACGGCUCCGGGAACGCGCCAGAAAUGACCGACCCCGAGAAGUUUGACUUCAGACACUUUGAAAUCCAGCUAUUCGUGCUGCGAAAGCGUGCCACGCACACCAUCGGCCUCCACAACUGGUUUUACAUUUGCUCGCUUUCCAACAGGAACAUCGUCUACAAGGGCCAGCUUGCUCCUGUUCAGGUCUACCAGUACUACCAUGAUCUGGUGAACGCCGACUACGAGGCACACUUCGCCCUGGUACACUCUCGGUUCUCCACCAACACAUUCCCUUCAUGGGACCGUGCACAGCCUCUGCGGUGGGCUGCCCACAACGGUGAAAUCAACACCUUGCGUGGCAACAAGAACUGGAUGAGGGCUCGCGAGGGUGUAAUGCAGUCGGACGUGUUUGCGGAAGAGUUGGAGAUGCUGUAUCCUAUUGUCGAAGAUGGUGGCUCGGAUUCUGCUGCUUUUGACAAUGUCCUCGAGUUGCUCACCAUCAACGGUGUGCUUUCAUUGCCGGAGGCUGUUAUGCUGAUGGUUCCUGAAGCGUGGCAGGAUAAUGCCCACAUGGAUCCCAAGAAGGCCGCUUUCUACGAGUGGGCCGCGUGCCAAAUGGAGCCAUGGGAUGGUCCUGCUCUUUUCACCUUUGCCGAUGGUCGCUUCUGCGGUGCUAACCUCGACCGAAAUGGUCUGCGACCUUGCCGAUUCUAUGUCAUGGACGACGACCGCAUCAUCUGCGCUUCUGAGGUUGGUACCAUCAGCGUAGAGCCCGAGCGCGUCGUGCAAAAGGGUCGUCUACAGCCUGGACGUAUGCUGCUGGUUGACACCCAGGAAGGGCGCAUCAUCGAUGACCGCGAGCUGAAGGAGAGGGUUUCCCAGCGACAAGACUUUCGCUCUUGGCUCGACAGUGAGCUCCUAAAGCUGGACAAUGUCCUCAAACAGUCUGAGGCUGACAAGUCCCUGGAAUUGGCUGCGAAACCUGAUUCCCAUGCUGUUCAGGAAGAUCCUCUCCUGCAAGCCUUUGGAUAUACCUUCGAGCAGGUUACCUUGAUCCUUGCUCCCAUGGCGGCCGACGAGAAGGAGGCUCUGGGCUCUAUGGGUAACGAUGCUCCUCUUGCUUGUCUGUCCAAAGAGCCGCAGCUGCUUGCGAAUUACUUCAGACAGCUGUUUGCCCAAGUGACCAAUCCUCCUAUUGACCCUAUCAGGGAGUCGAUUGUCAUGUCUUUGGAGUGCUAUGUCGGCCCCCAAGGAAAUCUCCUGGAAAUUGCUCCCGAGCAAUGCGGUCGGCUGCUCCUCAAGAGCCCUAUCCUCUCAAUCCCGGAACUCAACACACUCAAGACUAUGUCCAAGCUGUACCCUGACUGGACCGUCAAGGUCAUCGACAUCACGUUCCCCAAGAAGGACGGGAUUCAAGGCUAUAUUAAGCACUUGGACUACAUCCGCGACCAGGCCACUGAUGCCAUCGAGAAACGCAACCGUAUCAUCAUCCUGUCUGACCGCAAGACAUCGGCCGACCGCAUUUCGGUCUCAACUCUCCUGGCCUCCGGUAUGAUUCACCACCACUUGGUCAACAACAAAUGGCGAUCAAUGGCUGCCAUCGUUGUCGAGACAGCGGAAGCUCGUGAGGUUCAACACAUGUGUGUCCUGCUUGCCUACGGCGCCGAUGGCAUCAACCCGUACCUGGCCAUGGAGUGCAUCUUGAAGCUGAACCGGGAGAAACUCAUUCGCAAGAACAUGACGGACGAGGACCUCAUCAAGAACUACAAGCACUCUUGCGAUGGCGGAAUUCUCAAGGUGAUGAGCAAGAUGGGUAUUUCAACACUGGCUAGUUACAAGGGCGCCCAGAUUUUCGAGGCACUCGGAGUUCACAAUUCCGUUGUGGAAUUGAGCUUCAGAGGAACUGCCUCCCGAAUUGGAGGUGUCACUCUCGAACACAUCGCGGAAGAUGCCUUCAGAUUCCAUGAGCGAGGUUUCCCUUCACGAUACACGGUCGGUGUGCCCGGUCUCACAGAGUCGGGUGAGUACCACUGGCGAGAUGGUGGCGAGCCUCACAUCAACGACCCUGUGUCCAUCGCCAACAUCCAAGACGCGGUUCGCAACAAGAACGACAAGUCCUACGAGGCAUACUCAAAGUCCGAGUAUGAGCAGAUCAAGGCCUGUACUCUGCGAGGCAUGCUGGACUUCGAGUUCGACGAGUCCAAAUCCAUCCCUAUUGACCAAGUUGAGCCCUGGACCGAGAUCGUCCGCCGCUUCUGCACCGGCGCCAUGUCCUACGGUUCCAUCUCUAUGGAGUCGCAUGCCACGCUCGCUGUCGCCAUGAACCGCCUGGGUGGCAAGUCCAACACUGGUGAGGGUGGUGAGGAUCCUGAGCGGUCCCAUAUCGACGAAAAUGGUGACACUCGGCGGUCGGCUAUCAAGCAGGUUGCCAGCGGCCGCUUCGGUGUCACGUCUGCAUACCUUGCCGACUCGGACGAGCUUCAGAUCAAGAUGGCCCAGGGCGCGAAGCCGGGAGAGGGCGGAGAAUUGCCAGGACACAAGGUCAGCAAGAGCAUUGCAAGGACUCGUCACUCGACCCCGGGUGUCGGUCUGAUCUCGCCACCGCCCCACCACGAUAUCUACUCUAUCGAGGAUCUGAAGCAGCUCAUCUACGAUCUCAAGUGCUCCAGCCCCCGCUCGCGAGUUUCCGUCAAGCUUGUCUCGGAGACUGGUGUUGGUAUCGUGGCGGCUGGUGUUGCCAAGGCCAAGGCUGACCACAUCCUGAUCUCUGGCCACGACGGUGGCACAGGCGCUUCCCGAUGGACUGGUAUCAAGCAUGCCGGUCUUCCCUGGGAGCUCGGUCUGGCUGAGACCCACCAGACCCUUGUCCUGAACGACCUUCGUGGUCGUGUUGUUGUCCAAACCGAUGGCCAGCUUCGAACGGGGCGAGAUGUCGCCAUGGCCUGCUUGCUCGGUGCCGAAGAGUGGGGCUUCGCUACCACUCCUCUCAUCGCAAUGGGUUGCAUAAUGAUGAGGAAGUGCCAUUUGAACACCUGUCCCGUCGGAAUCGCUACGCAAGACCCGAAGCUUCGCGAGAAGUUCAAGGGAACCCCCGAGCACGUCAUCAACUUCUUCUACUACGUGGCCAACGAGCUGCGAGCCAUCAUGGCCCAGCUUGGUUUCAGGACCAUCAAUGAGAUGGUUGGCCAUGUCGAGUGCUUGAAGGUUCGGGAUGACCUACGGACCAGGAAGACCGAGAAUCUUGACCUCGAUCUGUUGCUCACCCCAGCGCACUCCCUGCGCAGCGGUGUCGCCACAUUUAAUGUCAGGAAGCAGGACCACCGUCUCUACGUCCGUUUGGACAACAAGCUCAUCUCCGAGGCUGAGCUUACACUGGACAAGGGUCUUCCAAGUCGUAUCGAGUGUGAUAUUGUCAACACAGAUCGUGCCAUGGGUACUUCGCUCUCUUACCAAAUCUCCAAGCGUUAUGGAGAAGCUGGUCUGCCAGUCGACACGGUCCAUGUUUCCAUCAAGGGAUCCGCUGGACAGUCAUUUGGUGCUUUCUUGGCCCCUGGUGUGACUCUCGAGCUGGAGGGUGAUUCCAACGACUACGUUGGUAAGGGUCUCUCAGGUGGCCGUCUUGUUAUUUACCCACCUCGUUCCGCCGUAUUCAAAGCUGAAGAGAACGUUUUGGUUGGCAACGUCUGUUUGUACGGUGCCACUGCCGGUCACUGUUACUUCCGUGGUGUUGCUGCGGAGCGUUUCGCCGUGCGUAACUCUGGCGCCCACGCCGUUGUUGAGGGUGUCGGUGAUCACGGUUGCGAGUACAUGACCGGAGGCCGCAUUGUUGUUCUGGGCAGCACUGGCCGAAACUUCGCAGCUGGUAUGUCAGGUGGUAUUGCGUACGUCCUGGAUAAGGGCCACGACUUCCUGUCGAAGCUCAACACAGAGAUGGUGGAAGCUUCUGGCGUCGAUGACCCCACUGAGAUCGCCUUCCUACGGGGUAUGAUCGAGGACCACCAUCACUACACGGGUUCCGAGCUCGCCGCUCGUAUCCUGGUUGACUUCAACCGAGUCCUUCCCAGGUUCAUCAAGGUUCUUCCAGUUGACUACAAGCGAGUUCUCUUGGAAGAGGCCGCGAAAGCUGCUGAGGCUAAGAAGGCUGAGCACAACCUUCCCGUCAUCCCUGGUAAAAAGGAAGAGAAGCACAAGUCUGCCCCUCUCCAGGAUAUGGAGGAAGCCAUGGGAGACAAAAAGGCCGAGUCCAGGCGCGCACUUGUCCUCGACAAGACUAAGGGAUUCAUGAAGUACCAUCGUCGGGCGGAGAAGUACCGUGAUGUCAAGACCCGCACUAAGGACUGGGCUGAGCUUUCUUCUCGACUCGACGAGGACGAGCUCAAGUAUCAGUCCGCGCGCUGCAUGGACUGUGGUGUUCCUUUCUGCCAGUCAGACACCGGUUGCCCUAUCUCGAACAUCAUCCCUAAGUGGAACGAGCUCGUGUUCCAGAACCAGUGGCAAGACGCUCUUAACCGCCUUCUCAUGACCAACAACUUCCCCGAGUUCACCGGCCGUGUCUGUCCUGCGCCCUGCGAAGGUGCUUGUGUCCUCGGCAUCAACGAAGACCCAGUCGGCAUCAAGUCAAUUGAAUGUGCCAUCAUUGACCGCGGUUUCGAGAUGGGCUGGAUGGUGCCUCGCCCGCCUCAGGUCCGCACUGGCAAGAAGAUCGCCGUCAUUGGCUCUGGCCCAGCCGGUCUUGCCGCUGCCGAUCAGCUCAACAGGGCCGGUCACUUGGUCACCGUUUACGAACGUGCUGACAGGCUUGGUGGUCUGCUGAUGUACGGCAUUCCCAACAUGAAGCUUGACAAGCGCAUUGUCAAGCGAAGGACCGACUUCAUGGCUGCUGAAGGUGUCCAAUUCAAGACCGGCGUCAGCAUUGGUGAUGAUAUCACGCUGAAGGACCUCCGGGCCCAGAACAACGCCGUCGUCAUCGCCACCGGCGCGACUGUCGGUCGUGAUCUGCCAAUUGAAGGACGUAACGUCAACGGCGUUCACUUUGCCAUGGAGUUCUUGCACAAGAACACCAAGUCCCUGCUCGACUCUGAGCUCGCGGAUGGCGGCUACAUCUCGGCCAAGGACAAACAUGUUGUCGUCAUCGGCGGUGGUGAUACGGGCAAUGACUGUAUCGGCACUUCGGUCCGUCACGGCGCCAAGUCCGUCGUCAACUUUGAGCUCCUGCCCCAGCCACCUGAGACUCGUGCGCGGGACAACCCUUGGCCGCAGUGGCCUCGCAUCUACCGCGUCGACUAUGGUCACAGCGAGGUGCGACAGCACACUGGCAAGGACCCGCGUGAGUAUUGUAUCAAGUCGUCCAAGUUUGUCAGCGAUGGCAACGGAAACGUCAAGGGCAUCGAGACGGUGCGCGUUGAGUGGACCAAGGACGACGCCGGAAAGUGGGUCUUGAAGGAUGUGGAAGGCAGCGAGCAGUUCUUCCCUGCCGACCUUGUGCUCCUGGCCAUGGGCUUCCUGGGCCCUGAGCAGCGUGCCAUUGGAGAUGAGAUCGAGAAGGAUCCUCGGACCAACGUCAAGACGCCGGCGGGCAAGUACUCGACAAAUAUCGAAGGCGUGUUCGCGGCUGGUGAUUGCCGACGUGGACAAUCGCUCAUUGUCUGGGGUAUCAACGAGGGCCGCCAGGCAGCUCGCGAGGUCGACUUGUAUUUGGAGCACUCCACCAACCUCCCUGUCACUGGUGGUAUCGUAAAGCGCUCAGCAAACGAGGUGCUCGACAUGGUCAAGAUCACCCCUCCCGUUGCCGCCUAG